CUCUGCACUGCCUCCUCUCAGUGUUUGCGACACGUCCCGUCGACCAGCGGCAUGAAGCGUGUUGACACUUGUGUAGCGUGAUGUUAGCACUAGCCGGUUGGAUAUGCUGCUGAACUGAGUGUGAUUUGUUUUGUUUUGUUUCAGGAGAAAGGAGAGUUUUAUAGCUUUGCCGCUUUAGGAGCUGUCGUCGAGAUGGGAAAGCCGAAGAGGAAGAGUGAGCUCAGCCGGGCUGAACUGAUGAUGAUGACAAUUGCAGAUGUCAUCAAACAGCUGGUUGAGGCUCAUGAGCAAGGGAAAGAUAUUGACCUAAAUAAACUGAAGACAAAAACCUCAGCAAAGUAUGGCCUCUCUGCACAACCCCGCCUGGUGGACAUUAUUGCUGCAGUGCCGCCCCACUACCGACGGGCUCUUGUACCAAAACUAAAAGCUAAGCCCAUCCGCACAGCCAGUGGAAUUGCUGUCGUUGCUGUGAUGUGCAAGCCCCAUCGAUGUCCACAUAUCAGUUUCACCGGCAACAUUUGUGUGUACUGUCCAGGAGGUCCUGACUCUGAUUUUGAAUAUUCUACACAGUCUUAUACAGGCUAUGAGCCUACAUCUAUGAGAGCUAUCCGGGCCCGCUAUGAUCCAUAUCUGCAGACCAGACAUAGAGUGGAACAGCUGAAGCAGCUGGGCCACAGUGUGGAUAAGGUGGAGUUCAUUGUGAUGGGCGGCACGUUCAUGGCUCUGGCUGAGGACUACCGCGACUACUUCAUCCGCAACCUCCACGACGCGCUGUCGGGACACACUUCCAACAACGUGGCAGAGGCCGUCAGGUACUCAGAGCGCAGUAAUACAAAGUGUGUGGGGAUCACCAUUGAGACACGACCAGACUACUGUCUGAAGCGGCACCUCAGCGACAUGCUGGCGUAUGGCUGCACCAGGCUAGAGAUCGGUGUACAGAGUGUUUAUGAAGAUGUGGCUCGUGACACAAACAGGGGGCACACAGUCAGAGCCGUAUGUGAGUCAUUUCAUCUGGCUAAAGAUGCUGGCUUUAAGGUGGUGGCCCACAUGAUGCCUGACCUGCCAAAUGUGGGCAUUGAGAGAGACGUUGAGCAGUUCAUAGAGUUUUUUGAGAACCCAGCAUUUCGGCCAGAUGGACUGAAGCUCUACCCCACCCUGGUGAUUCGGGGAACCGGCCUUUAUGAAUUAUGGAAGACGGGACGCUAUAAGAGCUACUCACCCAGCACCCUGGUUGAUCUGGUGGCUCGUAUUCUUGCAUUGGUGCCACCCUGGACCAGAGUGUACCGUGUGCAGAGGGACAUCCCGAUGCCGCUGGUGAGCUCCGGUGUAGAACAUGGGAACUUGCGAGAGCUGGCAUUGGCUCGUAUGAAGGACAUGGGAACUGAGUGUAGAGAUGUAAGGACCAGAGAGGUGGGCAUCCAGGAGAUCCAUCAUAAAGUGCGACCGUACCAGGUGGAGCUGAUCCGCAGAGAUUACGUGGCUAACGGUGGAUGGGAAACUUUCCUUUCAUAUGAGGAUCCUGAGCAGGACAUUCUGAUUGGUCUGCUGAGGCUCCGCCGCUGCUCACCGCAAUCUUUCCGGCCUGAGCUAAAGGCUGGGGUAUCGAUUGUGCGUGAGCUGCACGUCUACGGCAGCGUUGUACCAGUCAGCAGUCGAGAUCCCAGCAAGUUUCAGCACCAGGGCUUUGGGAUGAUGCUGAUGGAGGAGGCAGAGAGAAUAGCCAGAGAUGAACACGGCUCAGGCAAACUGGCUGUUAUCUCAGGUGUAGGAACUAGGAAUUACUACAGGAAGAUGGGUUACGAGCUGGAGGGGCCGUACAUGGUGAAACGAUUGGACUGAAAGCUUCACAGAAAAGGACAAACAAGGACACGAGGAUAAUUCCACCAAGGUUUAUAUCAUUACAGCUAUGGGAAGCAACAGAUUUAAAGAGACUGGCAUGAAAAACUGUAUUUUACAGUUCAGAAAUGAAAGAUUAAGAUCAGGGCAGGGGCUUGGCUGCCACUCCAAAACUUUUAUACACAUCGCCAAAAAUAAAGAAAUAGGCAGGAGGGAUCUGGGGUACUCCCUGCAGUUAUUGAAUUAAAUAUUUAUAGUGUCAGUUUAAAGGAGAGAAGGACGUUAUUUUAUCUAAGCAGCAUUUCAAAUCCUUAUUAAUCCACCAUGUUUUUCUGUCUACAUCCUGAAAAUGAAUUGCAGUUCCACUGAGAGUAGUAGCCUCUUUCUGUCAUUCAUUCUCUUUUGUUUCCAAUAAAUAAAGAGUAUUUAUCUCCAA